GUAAAGCCACUGACGAGGCCCCGGCGGGGGCCGAAACGCGUCUGGCACGCGUUCAAUCCAGUCAUUCACAUCGACUCGAUUCUACAUUUCCUACAGGUUAUGAGCCCAAACGGCUUGGUAUGGGCACUGCGGUGUACGCGGAAUACGCGCUGGGGGAGUCCACGCUCAAGUCGUCGCGGAAGCAACGGGCUACGACGACAGGGGGAGCGGAACAUACAAGUGCGCGGUGGACACGCAGUCGCUCUUUGCGUUCGGGAAAAGGACGGGCGAGUUCUGCACAAGGAGGUGGUUUCGAGUGGUGUGAGUGGUGGAUCGAAAGAGGUCGAUCGAGAAGGGGAACAACAACAAGCUCAAGCAAGGCUCAAGGACGGCUACAAGGUGUCAAGGGACGACGUGGUGGUGAACAUGAGGGAGCCGGGAAACCUAGCGAACGCGGCAGCAACGGAUACGCUGGCCAGCGCGCAGGUGGUAAACUCUACAAGAAUGUAUGCAGUGAAGAGGCUGCAGCUGACAAGCAUCAUGCGGAGAGCAGCAGAAUGGCUGUACGCUCGUGACCAAGACGGCUACGACUCAUGUCGU